AAACAAUAAUAAAGUACAAAAUUCAUUCUUUGCAUAUAUAAGCAGAACAAAAAAAACACAACACUAUGAUUACAUCAUCUUGUAACCAACUUAUUGUUUAAUCAAAGUGUUCAAUAGAAGUGUCAUGGAUACUUUAUAUCAUCAAUUGAAUGAUUUAAAAUGUUUAACAAUUAAUGAUUAUUUAAAACAAAAUCAAGUAUCUAAUCAAUUAAAUAUUAUUAUAACAACACCAGAAUUAAUGAUUUUAUUAAGACGAUUAUCUUAUAAAUUUGGUAUUAUUAAAACAGCAAAUUAUUUGAUAGAUAAUAUAAAAAAUAAUCCAUCGAAGUUGAAUUUCGCGGAUUUAAUAUCUCAAGGUCAUUGCUUAUUAAAACAAUUACGAGAUCAAUUUUCAAUUGCCAAUAUAACAAAAAGAAAAGAAAAUAAUACUGUAGAUCAACCUGAUUUUAGUCAAGAGAAAAGACCUUGUAUUGCUCCACGAUUUAAUAUUCCCAAUUACAAUCAAAUAACUUGUGAUGCUUCAGACCAAUCAAAUAGAAGCUGUGAAACAAAGCAGAAUGAAGUUCAGUGGCCAUCAACGGUUCAGGAACAAGCAGGAAUAUGUAUCAAGUAUCCUGGUGAGUCAGAAACUCGUUCAACAUUCACAAAACCAAGUCAUUGUGUAUCAGAAGUUUUAACAAAUCAUGGUCAAUUACGUGUGUGUAAACCAGGUUAUCAAAUUAAUCCACAUUCAGAAAUUAAACUAGAUGGAUAUGGUCCUAUCAAACAGUAUGAAUUGAAUAAAAUGGAACAAUCAGAGUAUGCACAAACUUAUACUUGGCCAGAUGGUAAAAAGAUACAUACAAGUCCAUGGAACAGAUUACGAGAAGCUAAUCAUUUGUAUGGUGUUAAAUAAUUUUGACAAUUCGGUUGCCUUCAUAAGACUAAGCAUUGUAACAUUUCAUAUUAGUUUAUUUAGUUAAACAAAUCAUUAAGUAAAUGAAUGUGUUUAAAGGUAA